UAAUAAUUAAUUAUCAUUUUCCCAGAGCUGAACUGGCUUUAAAUGGCAAAAGGAGAAACCGAGCGGGAACGCAUCCAUUUCUGUGUGUCUACUUUGUCUUUCUCCUCCUUCCCCUAAAUCGCAGCGCUCCCAGAGAGAGAGAGAGAGAGAGAGAGAGAGAGGGAGAGCAGUAUUUCUCUCUGAUAGCUUUGCUCUUACUCCUCGCAAAUUCUCCUUUUCUCUCUCGCUUUGCUUCCAUUUGAGAUCUGAGCCGUUUUCUCUUCACGCUUUGCUUGGCGCUUUGUGUGAACUGCGACCUGCUCGCUCUCCUUUCACCGGAUCAUACCUCUCUUCCGUGACCGUUUUACAGCGCUGGCUGAAAUGGCUCCUCCGAUCGAGACUCCAACCAAGGCUCCUGUGGCCGCCGUGCCAUACUCGCACCCUCCUCUCAAUGAGCGGAUACUGACCUCUAUGACUAGGCGGUCUGUCGCUGCUCACCCGUGGCAUGAUCUUGAGAUAGGACCUGGAGCUCCCAAGAUAUUCAACUGUGUGGUUGAGAUUGGAAAAGGCAGCAAGGUGAAAUAUGAGCUUGACAAGAAGAGUGGGCUUAUCAAGGUUGAUCGUGUGCUUUACUCUUCAGUUGUGUAUCCCCACAACUAUGGGUUUGUCCCACGUACUCUGUGUGAAGACAAUGAUCCCCUUGAUGUGCUGGUUAUUAUGCAGCAGGAACCAGUUCUUCCUGGGUGCUUUCUUCGUGCUAAGGCAAUCGGGGUCAUGCCUAUGAUUGAUCAGGGUGAGAAAGAUGACAAGAUCAUAGCUGUUUGUGCUGACGAUCCUGAGUACCGUCACUACAAUGAUAUCAAGGAGCUCCCACCCCAUCGCCUUGCUGAGAUUCGCCGCUUCUUCGAAGACUAUAAGAAGAAUGAAAACAAGGAAGUUGCUGUUAACGACUUCCUCCCAGCUACUGAUGCAUACCAGGCUGUCCAGCAUUCAAUGAAUCUGUAUGCUGACUACAUCGUUGAGAGCUUGAGGAGGUAGUCUGUAUCUCCACACCAUGUCUGCCUGAAGUUUCAUCCUAUAGCCUAUGCAAAGAUGCUGCUGCAUAUACAUAUAGAUAAUAUAUAAUCUCCUUUUUCUUGCCAAAAUUCAGACUCUGCCUGUUAUGUGUUCGCUCUGAACCCGACGAUAUACCAUCUGUUCCAAGUUAACUGACUGUUAUAAUUGCUUUUGAUGUGCAUUUGAACUUCAAGGUGAAACGACAUAAGUUUUUUUCUCUUUUCAUUUGUUCUGCUUCCUGUAUUGCUGAAUGCUGAUUGUAGUAACGAAAAGUGGGAAAGUUGAAAGAUUUUUGCUGCCUAUUCCCGACUUGUGCUCCUGGACUGGUUUCCUCCAUCAAGCCUUUAGAUUUCUGUGUUGUUUCUCAUUGUGGGAAGGAAUACAUCACUAAGCUCAUAAUUACCUUGAUUUAUAUUUAUGAAAACUAGUC